UGACCCGCCGCUGGGAUAAAUGGACGGCGCGGCCGCGCUCGGCACAGCCAGUCUCGCACGUCCUUCUGCGCGUCCGGAGACGUCGGAGCCCGCACCAGAGCCCGCACCAGAGCCCGCACCGAGCGCCGGCCAGAUGGAGCGCCCGCAGCCCGACAGCAUGCCCCAGGAUUUGUCAGAGGCCCUGAAGGAGGCCACCAAGGAGGUGCACGUCCAGGCGGAGAAUGCCGAGUUCAUGAAGAACUUCCAGAAGGGCCAGGUGACCCAAAAAGGCUUUAAGCUGGUGAUGGCCUCUCUUUACCACAUCUACGUGGCCCUGGAGGAGGAGAUCGAGCGCAACCGGGACAACCCGGUCUACGCCCCAAUUUACUUCCCAGAAGAGCUGCACCGCAAGGCCGCCCUGGAGCGGGACAUGGCCUUCUGGUAUGGAGCCCGCUGGCAGGAGGCCAUCCCCUACACACAGGCCACGCGACGCUACGUGCGGAGGCUCCAGGACGUGGGGCGCAGGCAGCCGGAGCUGCUGGUGGCCCAUGCCUACACCCGCUACCUCGGCGACCUGUCGGGGGGCCAGGUCCUCAAGAAGAUCGCUCAGAAGGCCCUGGCCCUGCCCAGCUCCGGGGAGGGCGUGGACUUCUUCACCUUCCCCAACAUCGCCAGCCCCACGAAGUUUAAGCAGCUCUACCGCUCCCGCAUGAACUCUCUGGAGAUGACCCCUGAGGUCAGGCAGCGAGUCCUCGAGGAGGCCAAGACUGCGUUCCUGCUCAACAUUCAGGUGAGGGUCUGGCAGCCCGGGGCGGCCGCUGUCCCUCCCCCGCUGCACCCUCCCCACACCCCCCCUCCCCGGCUGCUCUGGGGAUGGUUCUGCGCAGCGGAAGGGGCUGUGGGUCGUGGUGAAGCCAGGCUUCCGGUUCUGCCACUGACCAGCUGGCUACUCUCGCCUCAGUUGCCCCGUCUGUAAAGUGGGGCUAUAACAGCCCCCGCCUCUUAGAGUUGUUGGGAGGCUCAAGUGAGUUCAUACCCAUCGAGGCCCGAUGGCAGGGGCUGCCACAGGGCUGGCCCUGUCGUGUCAGCUGUAUUCCUUUGGGGAUGUGACGGGCGCUGCCAUAGCUCUCUGCGACAGCCCUCCGCCACAGCAUUGCCGUCGUGGGUGCGUGUGGCCAGGUUGGCACUGCGGGGGGUCCCGGGCGGCGCAGGCGUGGCCAGGACACGGGAGAAGGGCAUGAACAGGAUGCCCUCACGGCAGGAUGCUGGUGGCCUGCGAGCACGAGGGGGAGGAGCAAGCAGGCGACGCAGAUGCACCUGUCACAUUUUCUCUCAAAAGCUGGGUGACAGGAAUGGGACUGCUCAAUAUUU